AGAUAAUAUAUCGUGCGACGAUUUCUUUUGUAAAAUGAAUUCUACAAUUGUAUUUUUAUUAGCAACUGUUUUCGUGUUUGUUAAUGGACAGGGCAUACCUACGAAGCAAUGCCCACCAGGCGAACACUCAGUGCUGUACUGUCCACGCGUCGAAGAACCAUCAUGUGACAACCCUGACGUCAAUAACUUGCCGACCUCUUUAGGAGCGUGUGACAUUCCUGAUUGCUUCUGCAAUGUCCCCACUGUACGAGAUUUGAAGACUGGAAAGUGUAUACCGGUAUCCAAAUGUUAAAGUUUUCAACAAGGCAGUAUGGAAUAUGCCCUUCUCCUGCUCGGAUUGGAUAACUUAAAACAAAAAACAACCAUUUUUUAGAUUAUUUGAAUAUAGAAUGGAACAUUCG